AUGCCACCACCUCCACCACCAUUACCACAUCGCUCGACGCAAUCCCUGGUUUGCUGCGCUGCACUUGGCUGGCAGCCACCGCCAUUGGGUUCUGCACCACGGAAUGCCCUUGGGACCUCAGACUCCACUAAACGAGCAAAUAGGAAAAAGGAACGUUUUACUGGCUACCGACAACCAAGAAUCAGUGCCUGCAUGAGUAGUUUCAUAACACGUUGGCCCAGUCGGCACCUAUCUGUUUACCUGGCCACUAUGUAA